GGGUUAAGUGUCUUGCUCAAGGACACAUCGACAUGCGACUAGCAGAGCCGGAGCUGGGGAUUGAACCACCGACCCUGUGAUUGAAAGGACGGCCCUGCUUAGCACUUAGCCACAGUCGCCCGGACUUCUAAGAGUCAUUAAAAUAGUUUUCUCUCCUGAUUUUAUGACUUAAGAAUAGGGAUAGGUGGUGAGAACCGGUACUGGUAAUUUACAAAAUAUUGAUUAACGGUGCUGCUCUCAGUAUUAACUCGGUUUAUUCAUUCUAACAUUUCUAAUUAUUUUAAUGAUGGCGUGUGACGAUGUGCUUCAGGGGAGUGAAGAAACGUUUGGUUGUAACGUCAGUAUAUCCAGCUUCCUUCAGCAGAAGUGAACUGCAGUCGGUCUGUGAAGGCCAGCUGUGGACGACAUCAAGUCUGCAGACCCCCUAAACCCCCUAACUGUUUGUUAAUAUUGGACAUAUCCAAAUUGCAACAGAUUUUAAAAAGCACUCUGGGGAAUCCCCAGCAACACACACACCAAGUAUGAAGUACAUCAGAUGAGCGUUUCUAGAGAUAUACGAAGAACACACAGAAAGACAGAUCGUUAGAUCGGGUAGUGGGGCACUUCAGCCUCUUGUGGCCAAAAUUAGUAUUACAACAACAAACACUAAACAUAAAAUUCAUCUGCUUAACUAUAUUGUCACAGAUGAAAAAAAACAAUGGGUCCUUUGCUUUUUUUUUUGUACCUGUUAGUUGCAAACACAGGAGAGAAAAAUUCAGAUCGAACCAGAAUUUUUUGUUCGUCAUCAAAAAAAUACAAAAGAAAACAGUAAUAUGUGACAUGGGAGUGAUUUGAAAAUGAUCUGAAGCACAUUAAAAUCAAUUCCGUAGCUCACGGGCAGCCAGUAAGGGGGUGAAAUGUGCCCUCAGUUUAGUUUUUUGUGAGUUGUUGAGAUAUUUCAGCUUGAACCACCGUGACCGAAAAGCACAAACGUGUCUGAGCUCCCAACGACCUCUCCACUGUUAGUUACACACUCAGGGCAGAGAGAAGUGAUGUAUGUCUGUCAGGGUGGGAACUCCGUCUCCCCGGCGACGGUAAACAGGUCCGUCGGUGUGACUUACACACAGGUGAAACAUUAGCCGGACAGAGAUAACGACUCCACACACACACACAGUCAGGACAGAUGGCGAAUUCACAGCGAACAUCCGAAUCCGUCAACGUUGUGCAUCAGGAUGAAAUCUGGAAAGCACAUUUAAAACUUGAGAAGGAUUCGGCCAAAGUCUGGUCCAACAAGUGGGGCUGCCUGAUGGAGGCCUACAAGGAGUACAAGAUGGAGAGUGUGAAGCUGAAGGAGGCGCUCAGAGUGAAACAUCCCCAUCAUCACCUGGCAGCACGACCUCCGACCCCUCCAGAAAAAAACAUCCAUGUUGGACCCUCUCCUCCGGUUCCCCAGACAACUCAGGCCCUGAUUGGUUGGCGUGUAGGACACUCGCAUCUUCAGCUGGAAAAGUAUGCCAUGGUGAAUCAUGGGAGGCGUAGUUUUCUGAAGGAGCUGGACUGGCCGUUGGGCUCUUGCGACUGAGUGGAAGCCACCAUUCUGUCUCUUCUUGGCAAAUUACUGACUCAUGGAGCUACAAAGAUGAAGCAUUAAAUAAAGACAUUAAUUAAAUCAAUCAUGAGAUUAUAUACAUUUUUUAAAGCAUUCCAUUGUAGGAAUGGUCUUGAAAUGGUAUUUGAUGUCUUUCCACAACAGCUCUUUGUUAUACAGGAGGCCUGAAACUGAAGCUUUAAACUUGCAGUCCUUCUACUGGCCAUCAGGGGGCGACUCCUCUGGCUGCAAAAACAAGUCUGAUUGUAUAGAAGUCUUUGAGAAAAUGACUCUACUUAUCUUAUCACAGCUACUUUUGAAACAAACUGGGUUCCAGUAUGCAACUGUGACAUAAAAUGUUGAAGUCUGCAGAUCACAGACAUGGAGAAUUAACCUUUUUUAGAGAUAUAAGAUACAUCUAGUGUCCAGUAGUUGGACAUUUGAAAUGAAGAAUACCAGUAUUUGCCUUUAUUUGACUGUGAUUGUUGAGAUGCAGCCGGGAAAUGUGCGUGAGAAAGACAUUUUUUUUCCUGGUGCUUAAGAAAAUGGACCAUGCUGCAAAUAAUUGUUUUAAAUAGAGUAUUUAAAACACGUCACAAAAGGGGACAAUAAACUGGAUUUGGUUGCACCACCCUGUUGUACAAUAACAGUGAAUGAAAAGUGUAAUCUUGUAAUAUUCUGUUGUGUCGAAAUUUGAUUAUUCGGGCUCUGCAAAGUAACUAAAUUAAUCAAAAAAGUGGAGUGGAAGUAGGACUAUAAAGUAGGAUAAAAUGGGAAAUGGUACAAGUAUCUUCAAUUUGUACUUAAGUACAGUACCUAUGUAUUUAGUUACUUACCACCACUGAAAACAGGUUCUAUACUACUAGUACUACCACUUA